GAGUCCAUGUGUAGAUUUUUAAUUGAUUCGCAGAUUUUCAAUAGUUUCUGCAGAUUUUUGUCAAAGUCUUUAUAUUUGGGCAGAUUUUCUCCAAAUGUGUGCAUAUUUUUGGAGACUUUUGCCUGUGUGAGCAAAGUUUUUUCGAAUCACGGAUAGAUUUUUUUCAGAUUUCAAAUAGAUUUUUCUGGUUUUCGAGCAGUUACAGAUAUUUUUCGAAAACAUAUGGCAUCUCUGCAUGAAAUGUUUAGAUUGUUCACAUUGUGUAUUGCAUUUUGAGGUGUCUCCUUUUUGUUUGAUGAAUUUUUAUGCUUAAUACGUUGCAUCAGCUAUGUAAAUAUAAUGGAUUCACUGCAACUGGACCAAGCUGAAAUCAAACCACAAAAAAUAGCAGUGAAUAAUACCAAUGUAUCUACUAGUAUCGAUACUGAAAAACUGAAGCAAGUUGAAGUAGAAAUCUUACCUGUUAUCUACGAAAUAAUAAGAGGCGUUGAAAAGGAUCCUGUUGAAAACGCAGCUAAGCAAAAAGAAAGUCAAGAUUGCAGUCAAAAGGUUUUAGAACUGCAAAAACGUUUAGAAGCGGCCCGUCGCAUUAUUCGACAAUUACCCGGAAUCGAAUGCAGUAAAGACGAACAGUUACGUCGAUUGGAAAGUCUUCGAAAACAAUUAGCCCUAAAGCAACAGCUUAUCAAAAAGUAUAAGAACGUACAAUUUUAAACAAGUGGUUAACAUGGUUCUUCGCGCUAUUUUUCGAUACUUGGUCAACAAUGAGCAAUUAAUACAACGUUUAUCAGAAAGUUAUCCAAUGCGGAGAACUGCUCAAAUAUUUAUUAGUGCAUACUAUCGCAGCAGAGCAAUUGCAGAGGAGCAAAAAUUGGUGGAAAUGACGCCAGAGAGCUUCAAGAGAAUGAUUCAAAAUUUUAAAAAUAGCAUUAAACAAGAAGUUAAAACAACUACAAACAAUAUGAAAAAACCGAAAUAAAUCACAUAGCUAAAUUUGCUUUUAA